UGCAUGAAGCCGUGCGAUGGCACCAGGGUCUGUUGAUCACGUACGCCUCCUAUGCCAGCCACAGCUUGUUUCUACCUCCUACGAUGGUUCUCAUAUCGCGCAAACACGAGUCUCGUCCUCCCGUCAUCAUAGCUCCAUCUUCCGAGCAAACAUCAUAUUUCUCUUGUGCACAUGCGUCGCAGUCUCCGGCGCCCUAUAACCUCACCCGCAGGCUAGGACAUAAUGCUACCGGGUGACUGGUUGACACGAGUUUCGCGGGUCACUGCAUACGCAACGACGUUCCCUACGCCAGCACUCAUAUUAUACGCGGACAAUAAGACAAACCAGAAACACAGACCCGCGUCAUACCCAACUUCCCGGAUCGCAUCCACCUUGAGAGAAGACCAAGAGGACCGCGAGAUCGAGGCACGAGCGAGCGUGGAUCACCUAACGAGAAUGGAGAAUGGUAAAGCUAGUAACCAAACAAAAGACGUGGCCCUGGCACCUUUUGAGAGAAUGACACACUGCGUCUUUCAUUCCGCUUGCUACGACGUUAGUGUUCCCAGUAGCCAACAAAUCUCCCACGCCAACAGGACGCACAGCCCCAUCUCUCCGCCCGCAAUCGCGGUAAAGAGUCUCCCCAAACACACCACGUGCUGUGACUUGCCGCUCCCUCCUGCUCUCGGUUCUCACACCAUUCGCUCGCCGAGCCCCUGAACGCAUGUGGUGUUCUUCCCCAAGAGCAGCAAUGCCACGCUAUUCCAAGCCGCACACGCUAAAAUCGUUCCUUUAGUUGCUGAUGUCACUGGCCUAAGUAGUGGGAUGCCUGAGGUUGAUCAAUGGGUCCGAACUGGGAAAAUUACGAUUUGGGGCGAAACUAGAGGUGCAUGCGCGGGCCGGUUUGAAAACGUCGAAAGAGACAUUUUGAUAUU